AUUACAAAUGGCUUAAGAGACCCAAUGUAUACAAUUUACACAUUGAUGGACUCUAAAUGUCACUCCCAUAGUCCCAUACUCCCAUCAUCCCAUGACCCCAUAUCCUCUCACCUAGUUUUGACUAUUCUCCUCCUCCCAUAUUUAGGUACGUUUCAUUUUAUAAUUUCUACAAUAUCAUUCAGUGUUAGUUUGUACGUUACUUCAUUAAAAAUAAUGCACUCAAAUAAUUCACAUCCGUUGGAAAAUCCUCUAUUACGAAGUAUUUGUUUAUGUGCGCCUCUAAUACAAUACUAAGAAGAACUAGAAAUAUCAGUGUUUAUUAGUGUUAUUGUUUGUUAUUUGUAUUAUUGAGAUAUUUUAUUUGAAAAUAUGUUUUAAAAUAUUAAAGGACAAUGCGAUGAUUUCUCAUUCAUGCUUUAAUCAGCCAUUUUCCAAUCUGAACCUAGUUCGAGCUAUCAAAAACCGACUCAAACUACGUAGAUAGUACAAUAGAUCUUGUUCCAAUUCCUAAUUUUCAUACCCGAAUUCUUUCGGAUAAUAUUCGAGUAUAGCAAAACAUUAGCUAUAUUAAAUCAAGCCCGUUACUGAACUAAUCAUUCAUUAGCUAAAAUUCUAAACCCCCAAAAUGACCGGUUGGUAUAGCGUGGACCAUCUCACACGAUGACCACCAUAGCAACUUAUCCAUAAGGACAAGAGGACUUUCUGUCAUCAUAGCCAAUCAUUGUUCGCCACGUGAGCUCCCCGUCUUGGUAAUCACGCGUCAAUCAUAUUGACGACCCUCUCAGAAUCCGCGCUAUCUGAUCGUCAUCUAUCGUCUACCGAGCACGAAACAUAUUAUUUCGUCAGCGCGGAAGCUAUUAUCGGCCUAGGUCGGAUCGGAAGUCAUAUCAGCUGUAGGCGAAGGAUGGCGGAAGACAAAUACAAUCUGAAGAACCCAGCCGUGAAGAGGAUCCUUCAGGAGGUCAAAGAGAUGCAGUCUAAUCCUUCCGAUGAUUUCAUGAGCCUCCCUCUCGAGGAGAAUAUAUUCGAAUGGCAGUUUGCAAUUAGGGGCCCCCGAGAUUCGGAGUUUGAAGGAGGAAUAUAUCAUGGUCGGAUACAGUUGCCUGCUGAAUAUCCUUUCAAGCCACCUUCUUUCAUGCUUUUAACUCCCAAUGGUCGCUUUGAGACUCAAACCAAGAUUUGUUUGAGUAUUUCAAAUCAUCAUCCUGAGCACUGGCAGCCAUCAUGGAGUGUUCGGACUGCAUUGGUUGCACUGAUUGCAUUUAUGCCAACCAACCCAAAUGGUGCUCUUGGGUCAUUGGACUAUAAAAAGGAGGAAAGACGCACUCUAGCGAUUAAAUCCCGUGAGGCUUCUCCAAGGUUUGGGAACCCUGAGCGCCAGAAGCUAAUAGAUGAGAUACACGAGUACAUGCUGAGCAAGACAUCCCUGAUUCCCCUAGAAACGACCCCUACUGCCUUGCCCUCUGAAGAACCGACCACAAACGAAGAUGGUGAUGCUCAGGAAAUUACGGCUCAGAACACCACAGAGUCUGCUGAGGAUGGAAUUGUUGAGGCUCAGGAGGAAGUCCCAUUGGUUGCACAUCCUGUGCAGACAUCAUCCAGAGUGGUUGUUCCCUCUUCACACCAUCACGUGCAGCAUGCACGACUGCACAAGCCUGAAGUGAGAGUAUCCUCUAGGCAAGCUGAUGACCGUAUGUUUACUUGGGCAGCUGUUGGACUUACCAUUGCUAUAAUUGUUCUUGUUUUGAAGAAGUUCAUGAAAGCAAACGGCCACGGAGCUGUCUUCAUGGAUGAGUCUUAAAAUCUAAGGCACGGGUAAACUAUGAAGUAAAUUAUUAUUAUUAUUGAGAGUUCACGGGCCAUCAAAUGCGAGAAUAUAUAAUGUAAUUACUGUCCACUUGGUUGUCAAUUUAUUCCGCCCCCCUUAUAGUAACCCAAACAAUUCUAAUACUUCUUUAUACGCAUGUUUUUUAAUUAGAUAUGCUUUAUGUCCAAAAUAUGUAACAUAUUGAUGUCUUCAGAUAUUGAAAUCUUUGUUGUGGGGGUUUCCACUUUCCAUGGAAUCCAUGCUAAAGUUGUUAUUUUAGACGUGCACGGACUCAUUUGUUUCAUUGGUGUGUCGUUAAAUCCAUGCUGGUAAAUCGUUUUCAA